AUUCUCACCGGAUAAAACAAACAUGUCUUCGUCGCCGCCGCCGCCGUCAUCGGAGAUUACAGAAACCAACACCCGUGUUAAAUACAAAGGCGUUAGAAAAAGAACAUGGGGUAAAUACGUUUCCGAAAUCCGUCUACCCAACAGCCGAGAACGAAUCUGGCUAGGUUCAUACGAUUCCGCCAUAAAGGCGGCGCGUGCAUUUGACGCUGCCCUAUUUUGCCUACGUGGAAGCUCAGCAAGCUUCAAUUUUCCCGACAACCCACCUGAUAUUCCAGGUGGUAGAUUUCUAAACGCCGCCGAAAUCCAAAUUGCCGCAAGUAGAUUCGCUAAUUGCGAUCCUAAUCCGGUUGAUUCGUCGGGAUCGGAAAUGCAACCACCGGAGACAGAGUCGUCGGCGAUGGUGCCGCCGGCGUAUUUGGAUAAUGGGUCUGUUUGGAAUGAGUUUAGUUUUAUGGGUUCGUCGGGGAAUAAUAUUCCGGCGACGGAUCCGUUUCAUAGUAAUGUGUUUCCUGAGUUUGAUGAUUUUUCUAAUGGUUAUUUUAAUAUUCCUCCGCCGGCGCCGGAAGAGAGUGAUUAUAUGGAAGAGAAUAAUGGGGGAUUGAUUUUAUGGAAUUUUUAAUUUUAUUUUGGAGGUAAAGAAUAUUUUAUUAAAUAAAUUUGAGUAAAAAAAAUACUCGUUUUGGGGUUUAUAAAUUGAAGUCAUUAGAAAAUAGAAACCGAGUAGUGUACUUUAUGGAGAUUAGUUCAUGUGAUGUCAUGUUAUUUAAUGAUUCAUG